UGCGUCGGGGGGAGUUCAUAAGUUUAUUUUUGACUGAUUAUAUAUAAAAAUAGAUAGUUUCUCUUUCUUUUUUUUCAUUUCUUUUUUUGUUUUCUUCAAUACCUCUCUUUAUUAUUCUUUUUUAACUAUGCGUAUAGCAAGGAUAUUAUCUUCUUGUUGUAUAUUAGUCCUGACAGUUACUUCUUCCAUUACUUCUGUUCAUGCACAAAAUACUUCUUCGUCUGCCCCUACUUCAAGUCCACAACCUGGUGUUAACAAGAACUAUGCUAAUUUACUGACUUAUUCCAUGUGGUUUUAUGAAGCCUUAAGAAGUGGGAAGUUACCUUCCAACAAUCGUGUUUCUUGGCGUCAUGAUUCUGGUUUACAAGAUGGACAAGAUCAUAAUGUGGAUCUCACUGGCGGUUAUUAUGAUGCUGGUGAUUAUUUGAAAUUCACACUUCCUUUAGCUCAUUCUUUGGCUUUGAUAUCAUGGGGUGGUAUUGAAUGGUAUGAUGGUUAUACAAAAGCCAAUCAAGCUAGUUAUUUACAUGAUACUGUUCGAUGGGGAACAGAUUGGUUAAUGAAAGCUCAUCCUGAUUCAAAUACGUUAUAUGUUCAAGUGGGUUCUGGUGAUAUUGACAACAACUAUUGGGGACCUGAUACUGGUAUUCCUACACCUAGACCUUCCUAUUUUAUCAACAACACAGCUACAGGAACAGAUGUAGCUGCUAUGACUGCCGCUGCUCUUGCUUCCGCAUCUUACCUUUUCGCCAAUUUAGCCAAUGACACCAACUAUGCUAAUCAAUUAUCCAGUGCUGCUCAAUCGGUAUUUGCUUUGGCCGAAACACAACCAUUCCAUGUCUAUACUGAUUCUGUCCCUGCUGCGGAUGGUCUCUAUCAAACAAAUACUUACAUGCCUCAACUAGUAUAUGGUGCACUAUGGAUGUACAAGGCAACAGGUAAUUCAACUUACCGUGAUAAGGCUUCCAACUACUUUGAUCAAUUUUCACUUGGUGCAUCUACGGUUUCUCCUAUGGAUUGGAGUGAUCCUACUGGUGCUGUCUAUGUAUUGGGUGCCGAACUUGACAAUUCAAAUACCAAGUAUGCUACAGCUGCCAAGAGAUGGCUUGAUACCAUGACCAAUCCAAGUGCUCCUAAAGCUCCCUGUGUAUUUACUAAUGGUGGCAUGUUAUGGUGUGAUGGUUAUAGUAACUCAAAUUCAAUGGUGCCUCUUCAAGAUACCUCCUUAUUAGCCUUGUUGUAUAGUCGUCUGGACUCGUCGAAAUCUCAACAAUACACGGAUUUUGCUACAAAACAAAUCGAUUAUAUGCUUGGAAAUAAUUAUAUGUUGACCCCUUAUGUCUGUGGCGUUCAUGCAAAUUCACCACACAAUCCUCAUCAUGCUGGUGCUUCUGGUGGUACGGAUAUUAAUAAUAUUAACACUUCUCCUGCUGAAGAACUACAUAUCCUUUAUGGUGCGAUUGUUGGAGGACCUAAUAAGGAUGAUAUCUUUUAUGAUGAACGUAAUGAUUGGUCACAGACCGAAGUGGCUUUGGAUUACAAUGCCCCAUUCCAAGGAUUGAUGGCUUAUCAAAUCAGUACCAAUGCGUCUGAUCCACCUUAUGUUAGUAUCACUGACCCAAGACCUUACGUCAGUCGAUCUCAUGGUUUGGCUGGUUGGCUCAUUGCUGUGAUUGUCAUCGUGAUCUUAUUCAUCUUGGCUGGUAUUGGUUACUUUGCUUGGUUGAAACGUGAAGCCUUACGACGUCGAUUUGGAAAAAACAAGGAAUAUGCCUACGCAGCUUAGUAUAGAAUAAAUCUUAUUUAUUUUAUUGUAUUUUUUUUUGUAUUGUUUAUUUUUAUGAUAGUAUAUAUAUAUAUGUUUGAAUAGAUGAUGAUGGUCAUCAAGAUUGAUUUUCAUAUCCUUUUAUAUAUUUAUGACCUUCUAUUACAAUAAAGAAAAUAGGAUCAUUUUAUGUGUGACAAGUCUUUGAUCAAUGACGACAUGUAGGGAGGACACGGAUAAAAAGAUGAUUCCAUCAUAAAAGAUCAAUAUCUACCACGUUGAAAAUAGACAUAUGCAGUGAACGAUAGGGUGGGUUUAUGGAUUGGAUUCAUUGAGCAGUAACAAGAAG